CAAUUAUUAUUAUUAUUAUUAUUUGACUCCGUGUAAACCGGACUCGUUUUUACGUCCGUGAAGAGUCCGAGUCGUUUUGGACUGAAACACUUCAGGACAGAAUGUAGAUUGGUUUCGUCUCGCGCUCUGGAUCGCUCGCUCGCUCGCUCGCGCUGUCGCACGCGCCAGGCUCGGUCGCUGUUCUUCCUCCGAGCUGUAACUCUGUGUCUCAGAGUGUCUCAGAGUGACCUGCGCAGAGUGUCGAUCCGCUGCGUAUAAACAUGUGUUAUAGAGCACAGACACCGAAUAACGAAUAACUUGUGCGGAAAGGAGGACUAGACAAACUUGUCAUCGGGGUGAAAAUAUCGCUUUAGGAUGGGAAUCAGAGGCGUUUUACCGGCCAGGAGGCAUGCAGCUGUGUGUGUUGUACUGGCGACUCUCUCUGCAGUAGCGAUGGCUUGUAGCAGCUAUUAUGAAGAUGCUAUCAAGGAGUUAUGUCUGGCCAAGUUCAAGGAGGACAUGGAAGCUCUAGACCAGGGCCACUGGUGCAGCUGGGAAGACACAGUACAGUCUUAUGGAGAGCUGACAAACUGCACGUUCCUGGUGGCCUGGAAGAUGAACUGCUUCUGGCCCAACAGGCUAGUGGACGAGUUCUUCAUAAGUGUUCACCGGCACUAUUUCCACAACUGCGCGCCCACAGGCCGACUUCCUCACGACCCACCCAACAGGAUUUUAGGGCCCUUCAUCAUAGUACCCAUUGUGGUCACGUUGCUCAUGACUGCCCUGGUGGUGUGGAGGAGUAAACGCAGCGAGGGCAUUGUGUAAUGCAGAUCUUUCUGCUCCAGUGACCCUCACAAGCACCGAGGCUCUUAUUACCAACGCACUAUGCUGCUAAAACAAAGAGAUGUUCAAUUAUGGAUUCGUAUCGCAUCAGAUAGCUAAAGCACGGCGCAGCCUGCUGCUUACACACACACACACACACACGUACGUACACAUACACACACAAAUAACCUGAAAGAAACUGUACAAGCGACUGCCUUUAAAAUAUACAAUGUACAAGCAAAACUUUAUUUCUUAGACUUCUGUCAUAUGUCUGCAAGGUCCUGAAAUCUGAAGUAGUGACAUUUUUCAUUACAAUACCUCAAUGGAGAAACAGCUGCAGUACAAGUGGAGCUGACAAUGACUGAAUGAUACUAAUUUAUAAUCAGACACACCACAAAAGCAGAUUAUUGUCAUUAUCUUUAUCUGUGAGGACUGGACUCCAGACAAACAGCUCCCUUUCCCUUCACCUUUAUGCAUUCUUAUGCUGUGCAUUGUGUCAAAUCAUAAUAAUGUUUAGUUUAGCUGUUGGAUUUUUUUUUUUAAUGGAAUAACCCAUGUGACUAUUCUCAAACUGUGUAAAUGUCAAUGGCAUUUUAAUUUUGUUGUUGAAUAAACAUUUGAGGUGAACGAAAAUUUGAACUAUCUUGAAACGACUGGGUUUAAUUACACCGUGCGAUCUGAGAAGCUUGUUAACAUGAUUUGUGAUGAUUAGAGACUUUGUGUAAUUGAAUGCUCAUUUGUCUUAAAGCUGGUAAAGCCGGUAACUUCAGCACCUGUCUCUUCUAUUUCUUAUCCUGUAUUCUUUUGUGUCCUGACGGCUAAAAAAAUAUAAACCAAAAAUAUGGAGGAUUUAAAAGGAAGCAAUGGUAGCUUAUUGGUUCUGCUUUAGUAAAAUUGCUCUAAUGGCUGAAAGGUUAUGAGUUCAAAUUCCAAGACUGUCAGAAAGGAACUGUCCAAUCCCCUGAGGAGGCCUCUUAACAUUAAGCUCAAUGCUUCGUUUGUGUACUGCAUCACUUGUAAAUAAAUUUGC